AUGGCUACAUCACUACCCGCCCGACGACCCCUUGCCAAUCGUUCCGUGCAAGGCACCUCCAACCCCUCUCCAAUUAAACAAACUAGGUCUGUUUCUGGAUCUAAACGCCCUCAUUCUCCUGACCGUGGCGACUCCAACGCGAAUCCCAUCGCGAAACGCGUGCGUGGCACCGCCACAAAUGAACCCACCGCCUCGCAUGAAAGUCGCGCGACAGAGAAAACGAAGAGAGAGAAGGAGAAGGCUGCUCAGCGAAUGGAAAUGGAUCUCGAAUUCAAGGACAAGUAUUCGCGCGCUUUUCCAGGAUUUAGAUUUUAUUUUGACGCUGAAAACAUCACAACGAGCACUGCCAACCUCAAGGCAAUGAUUUCUCGUGCUGGUGGUAUAACCGACCCGUUCUUCUCAUCCUCUAUAACCCAUGUCAUUGCAGACAAACAGAACACAAUCUCUGAUAAAGAAAAUGUCAAGGCCAAAAGCAUUCAAAGCACGCUCAAAAGCCCUAUUAAACUGUUAGGACGUGGCAGUGAAGCAUGUAGUGUUGUUGAGAAAGCUCGCGAAUAUGGCCUUAAAGUUUGGUCUACAGCAAAAUUGGAAAGCGUCUUGGAUCGGACCCUCAAUUCACCAGUACCUUAUAAACAGAUUCCUAGUCUCCGCCAGGCUCCUAUACCCCAACAGCCCCCCCAACAACGACUUCAGCGACUUCUUGCAAAAGAAAAGACCGACGGUAACCUAGACCGCGAUCCUUCCCAGAAAAGGCAUGAUUAUCAUUACUUUGCACGUGGUUCGUGUUUUGUCCUUCUGGAGGAUAUUCGUGGCGAAUUGGCGACUAUUGCGGCCCAUGAAUAUCCCCCCUAUAAAGAACGCGAUAAAAAUGCGAAGAAACCUUGGCCGGUUCUGCAUUGUCAUCCUUUGGCCAGGAACCCUUUCAUACCUUUUGACGAGAAAGAAAGGAGGCGAUGGGAACGAUUACAAAAAGCCGAGCUGGACCAGGAAGAAGAACGUUUGGCAAGAAAGAAGAGAGAGCUUGAGACCAUGAAGCGCAAAGCCGAGGCAUAUACUCAUGGUAAAGGAACCAAGGACCUCAGGCGCUCGGUUUCCGUGAGCAAUCUUGUUCGACGCCAUUCUGUAGGGGGAGGCCUUAAUGGUACUGGAGCAAUUGACCUGGACGCUGAUUACGAUGAUCUGAAGUCCGCCAAUGCCUCCGGAUAUAUUGCCGCUUCGGGUAAUAGUGUUGGUAUUACAUCUACUACUGGGACUACCUCGACAUCUGGACGCUUGGGUCGAAAUGUUCCCCUUUCGAAUUCGCUAACGCAAAGUUUGCAACAACAUGUUGUGACUUCGCGAAAACCACCAUCGAAGGUUAAAGCUGAUGAUAUUGAAACACCUGGGGUAAUGGGUCCACCCAUACAAUUGCCUAUCAGGCAACCCAUUCUCAAGAAGAGCAAAAGCACGAACACGCUGAAACUUCCAAAACGCGAAGAGGGCGUCAAGCCGGGUUACUGUGAAAGUUGCCGGAUGAAGUUUGAUGACUUCAGCACUCAUGUGGAAUCCAAGAGGCAUAGAAAAUUUGCUGAGAAUGAUGAUAACUUUUUCGCUCUUGACCAAGUCAUACAGCGGGUACAGCGACAGAAACUUGACGAGAUUGAGGAAGAAAAGUACGACCGGGACUCGGCUUUCUUCUAUGAUUGCAAACUCAAGAACCGCAAACAUCAUAUUUAUGCCAGUCCUGAUCGUGUAUCGGCUUUUCAGUAA